AUCCACACUCCCCACUUCCCCACUUCUCCUUUCCCAUUUCCCCCACUGACCUUUCCCUUUCUCUCUUUCCUCUCAGAAAUGGCCACCGCCAAGCUUUUUCUCGCUCUCUUCUCUCUGGCUGUCUUGUCUCUAGAUCUCUCCACUGUCUCCGCCGCUCACGACGCUCCAGCGCCGGCUGUGGACUGCUCCAGCCUCAUCCUUAACAUGGCCGACUGCCUCUCCUUUGUCUCCAACGACAGUACCACGACCAAGCCCGAAGGAUCCUGCUGUACUGGUCUCAAGACUGUCCUCAAAGCCGACGCUGACUGCCUCUGCCAGGCCUUCAAGAACAGUGCACAAUUAGGCGUCGUCCUUAACGUCACCAAGGCUCUCUCUCUCCCUGCCGCUUGCAAAGUCUCUGCUCCUGCUGCUUCUAACUGUAAAUUGUCGAACUCUCCUGCUAGUUCUCCUGCGAUUGCGCCGGCAAACUCGCCAAAAUCGGAGGCGGCGAUUGCACCGGCGGUGAACGAGCCGACGGCGGCUCCAGGACCUGGAAAGUCGGCAGCGACGGGAGCGAUGUUGUCAGUUGGAUCUGUAAUCGGCGCCAUAGGAGUUGCUCUGUUGAGCAGUUUCUGAGGGGCAUGCGACGUCGUUUUGGUUGGGAGAAAAGGAGAAUUUGGGGAAAAUUAAAUUUGUUUUCUGUGUUUCUAUUCUGUGGAAGGGAAAAUUUGUUGGCAGUGUUUGGCUUUGGGUUCCUUUCUCUAUGGGUAUAAUUUGUGGCGUGUGACUCAAAGCAGAUUAUAAUAUUUAAUUUUUUAGUCUUUCAAAUCCGUU